GGUGGGUGCGGGAGGAGGCGCGGCGGCAGCUCGCGCGCGCGGCUCACGCGUGGACCUCUGGCUCCGGCGUGGACCUCCAGAACAGCCGCUCGGCUGCGGGUGAUGUGAGCUGCGUGGCCGUGCGUGGCAGCGGGCGGGGCUGAGACUUGCUGUUCGCGUCUAUAUCCGACGCACUCUGCGCUCGCAAUUCACGAUGCUGAAGACCGUCGCCGUUGCGCUGUCGGCGGCGGCCCUCUGCGGAGUCCUCUGCUCAGCCGGGGGCAACACGAAGACAGUGCUGGCGGGCUCGAACCUGACGCUCUCGUGUCCGCGUCAUUCGGAGGCGGUCGGCCGAGCGACGGUGACCUGGCGGUGUCGCGGCUGUGGCGGCGGCGGCGGCGGCGGCGGCGGCGGCCGGGGCGCGCAGGAGCCGCUGACGGUGGCCCGCUACGGCCCGGACGGCACCAUCAGCCGCUCCGAGGAGCGCGCCCGGCUCGUGCUGCCCACGUUCCAGCUGCAGAUCUACCCAGUCCGCGCCGCCGACGCCGGCGUCUAUGAGUGCACCGUCAACGAUGCGCCUGCCACGCAGGCCGUCACCGUGGUCGUCGAAGACGUGCCGCCGGCGCCGCAGCGGCCCCUCGUGGUGGGGUUCACCUCGCGCUCGGCGGAGCUCUCCUGGGCGCCCCGCUACUCGGAGACGGACACGCCGCCGCUCAGCUAUGUCCUGCAGAAGAGGGUAUUUGAUCCGCUGGGUCCUUGGGACCAGACGCAUGAGCUGGAGAUUCCAGCCAUCACCACCAUGUUCAACGUCACCGACCUGCUGCCGUUCACCGCCUACAGCUUCCGAGUGUUCUCCGUCAACAGGGUGGGCAGGAGCGAGCCCAGCGAGCCCUCAUACCCCAUGGUCACGCACCGAGAACAUCCCAGUGGCAAGCCCACGGUCAUCCAGACCCUGAGCCCGGGGCCCGACGCCAUAGAGGUGGUCUGGAGGCCGCCCGAUGCCUCCACCAUGAACGGCGAGUUCAUCGGUCACGUGAUCUCGUACCGACCACGUGACCGGCCGACUGCCGAAUGGAGCAAGAUCGACCUGUCGGGCAACGCUAACGAAACGACGAGUUACGUAAUCGAAGGCCUGACGCCGUACACAGAGUAUCUGAUCCGAAUCCGGGUGAAGAACAUGGUCGGACUCGGACCUUACACGGUCGUCCGAGAGACAACGGAGGAAGGCGUGCCGGGCCGGCCGGGGCAGCUGCGUCACCUCCUCGUCGGCGACACCUGGGCGCUGCUCUCCUGGCGACAGCCGGCCCGUCCCAACGGCGUCAUCGUCGGCUACUACCUCUACUUCGAGUUCGACCGCGCCAACCGCAGCAUCACCGACAACAGGAUCAUCCGUCAGGCGCUCCCCGACAUGACGUACAAUCUGACGGACUAG